CGCGAUAAACCUAAGCAGGCCCAGUUGCUUCUUGUUUUGAUUCCCCACUCUACCGUUCAGCACGACCCACCGCAGAGCAGCUACCAUCACUGGUCCGCCACCCAGAACUAGCUGCCUCAAUUUAGUGCCCAGAAACAAAUUCCUGUAGCACUGGAUUGCUUUGUCGUGAAACGUUCAUUUAAGGGCUAUGAGUUUUCUGCUGUAAAUUGAAAGUGCUUGGCAUUGAGUAUUUAUAAGUUAAUGCGACAAGAGUAUUUGAAGAGGUUGCCCUGAAUAAAAAACAGAAAAUGAGCUUCAUAUCAAGGCUAAGGUGUCAUUUGCCAAACUGGUUUUCUAGAAAUCCCAUUGUUUAUCCUAUGGCAGGACUAAACUUUUUGAACUUUAAUGGGAUGGUAUCUCGGGACUUUGGUCAAGCUGCAAUGAAGGAUGAGGAGGAGGAAGUGGAGAUCGAUCCAAGGAGACUCCCAGCUGAUUAUGAUCCAGCUACGUUUGAUCCUACAGAGCAUCGUAGUCCUCCAACUGAGCGUGUUUUCAGGCUUGUAGAUGAAAUAGCUGGACUCACCCUAUCUGAAGUUGCAGAACUGGGUGCUAUUAUAAUGAAGAAGCGAGGAAUGAAGGAACCACCAGUUGUGGGGGUAAUGAAGCCUGGCGCAGCUGGUUUGGCUGGAGUGGCAAUGAAGGCAACAGCUGCAGCUAGCAAAGAGGAGAAGAAACCUGAGAAGACUGUUUUUGAGUUGAAACUGGAAUCAUAUGAAGCUUCUGCAAAGAUUAAAAUUAUAAAGGAGGUUAGGAGCUUUACAGAUUUAGGUCUCAAGGAAGCAAAGGAUUUGGUAGAGAAGACACCAUCGAUAUUGAAGAAAGGCGUGUCAAAAGAAGAAGGUGAGCAAAUAAUUGAGAAGCUGAAAGCUCUUGGAGCAAAAGUUGUUAUCGAAUAAAUGGAAGCUGAUACUGGGUAAUUUGGUUCCCUUGAAGUUUUCUGAUCUAGUUACUGUUUUCUUAGACACUUUUUGAAUCUCCACCAAGUUUAGGGUGAAGAUUUUAUUAGUGGAUGCUACUCACUGAGUUGAUUUUUGAGUUUUAUUUGGCUGUAAUUUUGACCAGCAAUGGCCACAAGUGUGUCAACAUUUUUAGUGGGAGGAAAUUCAUGAAGUAUCUUUUGCUUUCUUUUCA